AUGUACUCUGACCCUUGGUCCAUGUCGUCGUUGGAGGAGGCAGCCGCUUCUCCGCAGAGUGUCGCUGGCCCGUCAUACUCUCAGCCGACGGGGAACAUGCGGGCCGCUUCGCUGAGUUGGGCUGGAGAUUCGGCUGGCCACCAUCAAUCCCAGGCUUUUCUCCCUAAUCUCAAUGCACUUCCGCCCGACAGUGGCGAUUCUGAGCCCCCAGCAGUUGACGAGGCCACCACCGACUUCGUUGGCGCAGCAGUUCACUUUACGGAGGGAAGGUUCGCGGGAGAAACUAUUUAUGCAGAGCUGGAGGAGAUCCAAAGGCCUGAGUACGGUCGGAGGUUCGGGGCGGUCGACAGACGGGUUUUGGACGAUCCUCCUGUGGUCGAGCUACGCCUUUAUCAAGUCAGCAUGGACGGGGAAGAGCCGCAGUAUACUGAAAUCGACAACUACGAGACUGUCGCUCUAGCUGGAAUGUUAUGCAUGGUUGAUCUCUUUGAAGUCCCAAGCACAUCACCAUCACCGACUUCAGGCUCUGGCUCUACCCCACAAGCAGCGCCGCUGACCUACAUAGAGGGUAGACCUAUCACUGAGAGUUCAAAGCGCACGACUUCAUUAUUUGGCGCAACAUUCGUCGAGGCAUAUCUGGUGCAAGUGCCUGGGGAGGAGAGCAAAAGGCUUCUGUUCACCUUCAGUGACCUCGCUGUACGGUCAGAGGGGCAAUUUGUGCUUAGAUAUCGCUUUUUCGACCUUCUCGCGCGACCCACCGGUCAUGCACAUCCAACAGUACUGGCAGAGUGCUUCGGUGGCGUGUUCACGGUGUAUUCGACGAAAAGUGCGCCGGCACUCAAAGAAUCGACCGAGCUCACAAAGUCUUUGGCCCGACAUAACAUCCCCGUUAAUAUCCGCAAGAAGCAGCGGGCGCCACGACGGAAAGUGCAGUCUAUGAGCCCUUCUCUCAGUCCGGGUGGCGGGACAAGUUAA